AUGGCAAACAAAGACCUUGAUCGAUGUUUAGUUUGUGAUGAUAUUGCAAUUGGCGUAAAUUUUGGUGUACCAACAUGUAUGCCAUGUAAAGCUUUUUUUCGACGAAAUGCAGUUAAACUUGGUACUCAUGAAUUUAUAUGUCAAAAUGAUGGUGAUUGUAUAAUAACAUAUAAAUAUCGUCGUUCAUGUAAUUGUUGUCGUUUAGCAAAAUGUUUUCGUGUUGGAAUGAAAAAAUCCUUAAUUCUUUCUGAUGAAAAACGUGAAGCUCGAAAUGAACUUAUAGCAAUAAAUCGUCUUAAACGUGGCCAAAUAUCUAAACUAGAAUGUCUUACAUGGAUGCAAUCACCAUCAUUACUUCGUAUGUCGUCAAGUUCCAUCCAAUAUUUUUCUUCAUCUGAUCAAGUUCUUCUUGCUAAUAUCUUCCAUGCAUAUGAAAAUACUUGUAUAGUAGCAAAAAACACUACUUUACAAAAUUUACCUACUGUUCAACAUACAUCUUUACAUGAGUUUGUCAAUGAAAUGUCAUCUGAAUUUCAUGUCUCUAUCGAAUAUUUAAAACUUAUACCUGAAUUUAAUAAUCUUAUCAUGGAUGAUAAAGUUCGACUCAUAAAAAAUCAUAUCGGCACAAUAGUUCAUAUAAAUCAACCUUUAAUGCUACCAGGACCGCCUAUUAAUCUUGUUGUUUCAUGG